AUGGCGCUUGCGUUUAAGUAGUGGUAGGAGCAGUCCCUAAAGUCAAGGCUAGACCUCGUAGUUUGGUCUCCAGAAAGUCGUUUUUAAAUGUAUAAAACUAAGCACAAGUGCAUGUGAGAAGAACGGAUUAUGACAGAAGUAAAGCCGCGUCAGAAGACACAUUUGAGUGAGCAGUAUUUUGAAACCGUCAACAUAAGACAGUAAUGAUGCGUGACCUGGCUGCCCAAGUCACCAGCAGCCUGCUGCGCUUCCCCGAGGUGACUGUGGACGCUCUGGGGGAGGAUGAGGUCACGCUGGACUCUGUGCUGCAGGGCAGGUUCACCGUUGGGCGUAGCGGGCUGGCGUGGCUGGCGUGCGGUCCGCAGCUGGAGGUGGUGCACUCGGUGACGGCGGAGCGCUUCUCGGCGUACUGCUUCAGCGGGCUGGGCGAGCACGCGCCCAACGUGCUGGCGGCGCGCGACUUCAGCUGGCUGAAGCGCAGCGGGCUGCUGCUGGGUCUGGAGGAGGCAGAGGGUAGCACGCUCUGCCUCUACGACCUCGGCAUCUCCCGCGUGGUCAAGGCUGUCGUCAUACCCGGCAGGAUCACUGCGAUCGAGCCCAUCGUGAGCUAUGGCGGGGCGAGUGCGAACACGCAGCACCUCCACCAGAGCCUGCGCUGGUUCUUUGGUGUGGCGGCGGUGGUGACGGAUAUCGGCCACGUGCUGCUGGUGGACCUCUGUCUGGACGACGUCUCCUGCAGCCAGACCGAGAUGGAACCCUCAGACUUGGAGGUGGUGAACAAGUCCCCGUCUGAGAUCCCUCGUCUGCGUGAGGGGGUGACUCAGCAGGGCCGGCACCUGUGCCUGCAGCUGAGCAGCCCCACGGGCACGGGGGCCACCGCCCUGCACUACAUCCCCCGCACCAACCAGCUCGCUGUCGGCUUCUCCGACGGAUACCUGCAGCUCUGGAACAUGAAGAGCCUCAAGAGAGAGUACAACUCCCAGCUGGAGGGGGGCAGGGUGCCCGUGUACGCCUUCACCUUCCAGGAGCCGGAGAACGACCCCCGCAACUGCUGCUACCUGUGGGCCGUGCAGUCCAACCAGGACCUUGAGGGUGAUGUGGUGAGUCUUCACCUGCUGCAGCUGGCCUUUGGAGAGAGGAAGUGUCUCGCUUCGGGCAAGAUUCUCUACGAGGGCCUGGAGUACUGUGAGGAGCGCUACAGCCAGGACCUGAACGGCACCUCGUUCCCUCUCAGGGCCCAGGCCACCAACACACGCCUGCUCAGCUGCCAGACCAUCGAGAAGUUCAGGCCACACCCCGACCGCGACGACAGCAUGAAUGAAGUGGCAUCUCCAGAUACAAGCGUGUCCAUAUUCAGCUGGCAAGUGAAGUCCUAUGGGCAGGCCAAGCCCUCCACGUAUAUCGGGGUGUUCGACAUUAACAGAUGGUACCACGCACAGAUGCCCGACUCGCUCAGGGCGGGGGAGUCGCUGCGUAACUGCCCGUACUUUGCGGUGUGGUCUCUGGAUGCCGUGGUGGAGAUGACUGCUCAGAGCCCCCUGCUGGACGUUCUGGUGCAUGAGCGCAGCCUGAGCAGGGGACUCCCCUUCACCUGCCCUCCCCCGGAGCAGUUCUUCAACCCCACUACAUACAACUUUGAUGCAAGCUGCUUGCUAAACUCUGGGAUAGUGCACUUAACCUGCUCCGGCCACCAGAAGGAGACGCUGAGCUACCUGAAGAAGGCGGGCCCCACGCUGGGUGAGAGCAUCUCGAGCGGAUACACCCGCUGCCUGGUGUCCGGCCUGCUGUCGCCGCGCCUGGCCGACGUCCAGCCCUCCAACCUGUCGCAGGAGGAGCAGCUGGAGGCCAUCUUGUCCACGGCGGUGGAGACCAGCUCACUGGGCCUCAUCACCGGCUGCAUAAAGCAGUGGACCGGCGAGGAGCAACCAGGGUCAGCAGCCAACCUGCGGUAUAUUCUGGAGUGGGCCUGGGACAAAGUGGUCCGUACCAAACAGGAACUGGACGGCAUCUGUGCGCCUCUGUUUGACAGCUCGUGUAACUUCACGGAGCCCCAGACUCUGCAGCUGCUGCAGCACAGCCAGCGUCUCCUCAGCAACCUGGGCACCAUCUUCCACUGCCUCCUCAGCCAGGCACAGGAGAUCACACAAAAAGGGCUUGAUGGCCUCAUCAACAAGAACCUGGUGUCCAGCCUCAUCGCACAAUACUCUCAGGUGGUGCUGUGGUUCUGUCGGACCGGACUUCUCCCAGAAGGAUCAGACGAUGAGGAUGCUCUUCAGAUCUCCAGGCCCUUCUACAGCUACUCCAUCAUCUCCAACUGCUACACCACCCGACGCCAGGAGCUGCAGAGGCUGGCCAAGGACAAAUGGAAUGCGGACUGCCUCAUGAUUGACGCGCUUGUUAGCCAAUGUGGAGAGCGGCUGGCUGACCUAUGGAGAAGGGACGAGGGCGGGACGGGCCAGUACCCACCUCUUUCACUGCAUGCCUUGCUGGAUAUUUACCUCUUAGAAAACAUUGAUGAAUCUGCCAAACAUGCCAUUGUGAUCUACCUGCUGCUGGACGUCAUGUACUCGGUGCCCAAUAAGAGCGGCUCGUCUCUGGAGUCCUUCCCCACCGCCUUCGCCAUCCCCAUCGGCCUGGUCAAGCUGGUGCAGGGCCUCUGGCUGCUCGACCAUCGCGACCACGAGAACUCCCUGGAGUUGCUGCUGCACCCGGCCACCAGCCACUCUCUCUGGGCCUGGCAGCAUGGCCGCGUGCUGGAGGCUCUGAUGGUGCAGGGGCAGCACGCCAUCGCCCUGCGCUACCUCCACGUCAUGAAGCCCUCUCUCACCUCCACCGGCGACGCCAAACUAUGCCUCUCAGUGCUGCUACACAACAGGUGCAUGGUGGAGGCCUGGGCUCUGCUGCGGCAGCACUCUACCAAGCUGAACGCGGAGGAGCUGCUGCGCUUCCUGUACGAGACCAGCCAGGAACUGGGCCUCAUGAAGGAGCUGCUUAAGCUACCACUUGGCCUGGCUGAACAGGAGUGUCUGGAGCGGUUUCUGCAGGGCACAGGAGGUGUGCAGAACAGGGAGCUACUGAUGGUUCACUACCUGCAGCAGGCCAACUACAUCCCUGCCCUGCAGCUCAACCACACCCUCAAGAUGAACAUGCUGAAUGAUCGUGACCCGAAGAUGAAGGAGCGCUCCAACACGCGUAACUCCAUCCUGGAACAGUACGGCAAGGUGCUGCCCAGAGCCCAGAGGAGGCUGGCCACCGAGAGGGCGAAACCUUACGGCCAUCCCAGCUCUGUGCUCAAGAAGGUGUCACGGCCGCAGCCUCUGUCCACGGUGGCCAAGCGUUCGGCUGCUGAGAACGUGCUGACCAGAGCCACCUUCAUCAGCAGCGUCAUGUCCAAGAUAGAGGAGGUGUGGGUGGGCAAGGAUGCCACGCCAGACUCCUCUCCUCUCAAGAGUCCCAGAGUGCCUGAAAUCCUCGUGCCAAGCCCCCCCGCGCGUUCCGUGACCGAUCUACCUGAAGCCUUUGUUGGUACCCCCAUCUCAGUUACCCGCAGGAGAAUGUCCAGGAUGCUUGACCUGAUGGUGCACCCCUCCUCCAGCCAGCCCGCCCCUGAGUCCCCCAGCCUGCCCCAAACGCCCCCCAGGGUGCCCUCGGUCUGGGCCGCCCCAAAGAGCGCCCCUCGCGCCACCGAACUCAACCUGCUGCAGACCCCUCAGGUCGUCAAGCGAGCUCGUGCGUUGGCUGCGUCCAUGUCGGUGAUGUCCAGCUUCACGCCGCAGUCCAUCCUGCGUAGCAGCCUAAGGCCCACCCCCAUCGCCACGCCAACUGUAGCCACUCCCACUGGCUCCCACCGUUCCGCCUCUCCGCCUCUGCCCGUGCGGCCCAAGGAGAGCCGCAUCACAUUCAUAGACGCCGGCGCUGUCACGCCAGAUACCCCCAAAGACCAUCAACCAUGGAGCAACGGGCUUGUGGGUGACAGCGAGGUGAGCCUGUCCCAGAGGUCCAGCGUGCAGUCUUACGAGGAGGAAGAGGAGGAGGACGAGGUGGACGCAGGUCUGUGCGUGUCCUUCCUGCCCCAGGCUAAGAAGCGUGACGCUGCCUCAGCCAGCCAGGGCUCAGUCUGCAGCACCUCCUCCCUGCGAGACGCGCCUCCCUCCGAGUCCUCCGCUCGGCCCCCUUCCUCGCAGUCCCUGCUGAGACCCAGCCUGGGGGGCCACGACACCAGCGCCGCCUCGGCCGACCAGUCGUCCACCAUGGAGUUCCAUGAUGCCCCCGAGGAGAUCCUGGAGGAGGAGCAGCAGCAGGAGGUGGAAGAGGAGGAGGGGCAGCCCCCCGUGCCCAAGCUGCUCUGGGAGGAGGAGGUGGACGAGGAGGUGGUGGUCAGGCAGCCACACACUGCCCCUGCUGCUGCUGCUGCUGUGGAGGAGAAGGAGCAAGAGCAGGAGGCAGUGGAGGAGCUGGAGGACACAGUUCCUGAAGAGGAGGUGAAGGAGGAGGAGGAGGCUCCGAAGGUGGAGGAGGAAGCGGUGCCCAGUGAGCAUGAGGAAAGAGUGGAGGAAGAGGAGGUGACGAUGGCUCAGGAUGAGGCUGCCGCUGAAGAGAGUCAACCUGAAGCUGAGGAGGUGACAGCUAAGGCAGGCAGCGUAGAGGAGGAGGCGGAGGAGCCUCAAGAGCCUCCUGUGGUGGUGGUGUUGGAGGACAGCGAGGAGGAGGAGGAGACUGGUCCUGGUGCUGAGGCUGAUGCUGUUGCCCCAGCAACCCAGGAAGAGGAGGUGCUCCCAGUGGCUGCUGCUGAGAUGCUGGAGGUCCCCGCCGAGUCCGUUCCUCCUCUGGAGCUGUUUGACGAGGAGAUGGAGGAGGAGGAGGCCGCUGCCCCUGACGUCAGUCCAGAGGAAGCGCUGUGUGUGCCCGAGUCCGUUCCUGAUGUCCUACCCGAGCCGGUUGCACAGGUGGAAUCUGGACAAGAGCAGGAAGCGGAGCCACAGUCCAACCAUGCAGAGGAGAGCACUGAGGAACCAGCACCAGAGGUGGAGGUGGAGAGGGCCACGAAGCCACAGGACAUCACGGAUCUGGCUCUUGAUGAGUAUGUGGAACAUCAGCUAUUCGAUGACCUCCCAGAGUCAACACAAAACUGGGCCGCCAUCAUCAGUGCUGAAGGUCCAGUGGAGUCCGCCGUCCCCAAGCUGAGCAGCCAGAAGUCUGUCGCCUCCUCGGAGCCCACCACCACCUCAGGCUGCCCCUCUGUGGUGAGCGUGAACGACAGUGAAGAUCUGUCCAGCGCUGCCUCUGAGGAGGAGUCUGAUGCUGAGGACGAGGAAGAUGAGGAUGAUGAAGACGAUGAUGAGGAGGAGGAUGAGGAGGAAGAGGGUUCGAGCAGCGAGGUGGAGAUCAUCGAGGAGGUGCAGGGUAAUGGCCGUCAGCACCUCCCCCCUGUGGCCUCCCACCUCUACAUGGAGCGGCUGCCUCCCCACGCACAAUACCUGCAGGAGCAGGCCUCCGCCGUGCUGUCUCUCGUCACACCUGACGCACAGGAGGUGGAGGGCAUGAUGCUGGAGGAGGACGAGGAUGCGGAGGUGGUGAUGCUGCGAGUGGGCAGCGACGGUGUGGGUGGCGUGGAGGAAGAGGAGUUGUUGGAGGAGGAGGACGAAGGCCAGGGUGUGUGCUACACGGAGCUGAAGCCCUCCACCACCCUGCUGGUGCCCCUGGAAUUGGCCCAGGAGGCCGGCCUGGACCCAGGCCCCCUCCUCCACACGCAACACCUGCUAGACAGCAGAGACGCCCUCGCACCCGUCUCACCGCCCACCGAAUCCACAGCCACCCCUGCUGGAGGCUUCUCGCUCAUGCUGGAGGCCGAGGAAGAGGGAGAGGGAGAGGAGGAUAGAGGAGAGGCGGACGUGGUGGUGGAUGCUGGUAUGGAACUACCACAGGCGACACAAGAACAGGAGCCUGAGAGCACUCCAGCCGAAACCUCAGAGCAGCAGGUGGAUGUUGGUGAAGAAGAAGACCAAGACACACCCGUGGAGCAGGUAGAGGACCUGGACAGUGGAGAAGUGGAGACGGAGGAGGCUGCAGAUGCUGAGGUGCAAAAGUUAGAGGAGGAGGAGAAGGAGGUGGAGGAGGCAGACGCUGCAGCUCUCCCUGCGGAUGUGGAGACGGAGAUGGAGGCUGAGGUGGAGGGAGACACUCCUGCACCAGAGGACAAGGAGGCGGCAGAAGAGGUGGAGGAGGAGGAGGUGGAGGAGGUGAAGGCCUCGCCUGAGGAGGCUGAAGCUGCAUCAGACGCCCCAGUGGUGUCCCCUCCUCCUGCUGAGGACGCUCUCUGUGAGAUGGAGGUCGCACCACCCCAGAUGGAGGAGCAGACCAAACAAGCGGACGCAGGCAAUCAGAUGGAGGAGGAAGCGGCAGAGGCGGCGCCCAAGACUGAUGCGCCUCAAGUCCAGGAGGAGGGGGAGGAAGAUGAAGAGGAGGAGGUUCCUAUUGUCUAUACGGGGAGAGGGAGGUCUGGCGAUCGACGCUAUCACAUUCAAGCCGCUGCUGUGAACACCACCUAUGAGAUGCCACCAGUGGUGACCAGGAAAGGCAGCAGCCACAGUCAGAGUGCUCAGCCUGCCACCACGGCUGCACUGGACAUCACAUACGAAAAUCCUCCUGUAGUCACCACAAAAGGCAGCGGUCACAGCAGUAAGAGCUCGCAGCCUGACGUGGACACGAUGUACGACAUGCCUCCAGUCGUCACAGGGAAAAGCAGCAGUCACAACAAGAGCGUGCAGCCUGCAGCAGCAGCAGCAACUGAUGAGGCUGUUGACACCACCUACGAGAUCCCCCCUGAGGUGACGAGGAAAGGCAGCAGUCACAGCAGCACUAAGAGCACACCACAGGAUGCCGCCGUUAAUGACCACGACGCCAUCGAUGAGGUCCCUCCUGUCGUGACCACACAAGGUAGCAGUCAUGGCAAGAGUACGCAGCCUGACAUCGCUGCUGAAGACGAUGACUUGCCUCCCGUGGUCUUCAGAAAAGGCAGCAGUCAUAGGCGCACUACACAGCCUGCCGCCGCCGCUGAUGAUGAUGAUAUGGCCGAUGAAGAAGCACCCCCUGUGGUGAGCAGGAAAGGCAGCAGCAGCAGGAAGACGGUCACCUUCAUCUCACCUGUCACUCAUAAGGAUGAGGAGCAGAAACGACACCAAGAGGAGGUGGAAGUCCCAGCCAUUGACGAGACGGAAGAGCAAGAGGAUAAAGUUCCCCCCUCUACCACCGCUACUGCUACUCAACGGCGAGCCACCAGGAGCAGGGGACAAGCCGCGGACGUCACCCAGCCACCAGUCACUCCCAGCAGGAGGACGAGGCGAACCGAGGCCACGCCACAGAAGGCCACCACCACCACACCAACACCCAGGAAGGGAGGUCGGAGAACCAGGAGCUCCGUGGACUUGGACGAGGAGCAGCCGGAACAGCCCAGUGAGCAGUCCACCAUCGUGGAGGAGCCGGCCAGUGAACAGCCCAGUGAUGUUGCUGCUGCUGCUGCUCCACCCAUGGAGGAGACGACCACCAGGAGCAGAAGGUCUGCUGCCCCCGCCACCGCCGCUGCCAGCCCCAGCAGGGUGACCAGGAAAAGCAGCCGAGGGGCGACGCCUGGCCUGGACGGCGCGGACGGCACGACAGCAGCCAUUUUACUCACGCCGCCCAGGAGUCGACGGAAGACGAGGUCCAACACCAGCGACGAAGAGCCUGCUGCCGAGGAACAACAACAGGCUCCCAAGACGACCAGCAAACGGAGCGCCAGGAAGAAGACUCCAGACACCGAGACAAUCACGGAGGUACCGGAGGCGACUGCGAGAGCCGAGGAAGACGAGCAGAGGACGCAGACGGAGACGCGGUCCAAGGUGGCGUCCACCACCAGUCCUAGCCGGCUCACCAGAGCGUCCAGCCGAGGGGUCAGCCUCAGCCUGGAGACCGCCGUCACCCCGCCCAGGAGCAGGAGGAAGACCAAGGCCAGCGCCACGACGGCAGAGAAGGCCAAAACGCCCGCAGAGGCUCCUCUGGCCAGCGCCACAGAGGAGACGGCAGCGCCUCCUAGUGGCCCAGCUGUGCGGCGGCUGGCUCGCAGCCGACACUGGAAGGAUAUGGAGGAACAACAGGAGGACGUGAAGAAGGUGCAGCCCAUGAUGGAGGCUGCUGUGGAGCUGGUGCCAGGCACUCCCCUGGGGGACGCCCUGAUGGAGAGGCUGCAGGGGGGCACCGGGGGAGCAGUCACCGAGAUCAUCCGGGCCCGCAGGAGAACCACCUCCGCCACCACAACCCGCUCGGCACCAGCACCUACUCCACUCUCGCCUACCGUGGAGGAGCCCAGCGGGAUGAUGAACGAUGACGCACCUCCAGAGAUAACGCUGGAUGUGGACGCAGCCGAGCCUCCAGAACCGGAGCCAGAACCUGCCGCCUCACCGGGCCGGAGACGCACACGCUCCAACAAGGGCCCAGAGCUGGAAGCUCCCACGGAGACGGAAGCUUUCCCCUCCACACCCUCGAGGAGGACCAGAGGGAGGAAGACGGAGGAUGUUGUGGCCGACGGUGUUGCGCUGUCUCCUGCACCUGUGACACGCACUCGCCGAGCCCCAGCACCAGUCCCGGACACUACCCAGGACGAUAACAACAAGGACGAAGUGGAGACCAAGAAAACCAAGAAGAGCCGCACAACAAGGGUGAAGGCGCCUGUGGAGCCUCGGUCCAUUGCGGUGCCGCUGCUGCUGUCUCCCGUCCCCACUGAAGAGGAGGAGCCUGGGCCGGCUCGCUCCAAGCGGCGGGUGGCAGCAGUGCCCGCGCCCGCUCCGGAACCCACGUCCACCUCGGAGCCCGCCGAGGACACACCGACCCGCCGAGCCAACCUGCGCCGCAAGCGCAUGCUGGAGGGCCUCUUCACCAAGCCAGUCACGCGCAGGAGGAGGAUGUGAGCAGUGGACACUGGACACACAAGUACACAUACAAACCACCCCUCACCUGCCUGGUCUAAUGUGCCCAUCCGUACUGAUUUGCCUAUCCCACCACCAAAGCAGACGCAGGGCAGGGCAGGGCAGGCUAGGAGGACAUGGGCACACACUGUCUACUGCUGUCCACGUCAGCCUGGACAUUGGACACACACACACACACACACACACACACACACACACACACACACACACACCCUGGACCCGCUCCUGUUCAUAUCACCACCACCUACCCUCAAAGGUCAGAUCAGGAUGGCACCAUCGUCAGAGCAUCCUCAUGGACCUGGACAUUAUCGUUUGGACGUUACAGCUUCCACUCAGCGCCCUCUCCUCACUCUCUUCCCUCCCCCCUUCCCUUGCUCCCUUAUUCCUUUCCUUCUCUUCUUCUUCUUCCUCUUCUUUCCUUCCCUCCCUCUUCCUCCUCUCCCUCCUUUCCAGCUUCUGCUUUCAGAGAGAGACUGCAGUCUGUUCUUUUAAUUUAAGAACCCAAUGGAUGGGUUUUUUUCUCUAAAUAAAUAAAUGGCUCUAAUUUAGGAAACCGAAAUAAUAAUUUUAUAUAAUUACUGUAAAGUUUACAGCAAGGAGGACUUUUGGAUUUGAGCACCAAAAAACAAAGAUGGCUUAGUUUUUAAAAAAAUGUGCAUUUCUUAUUAAUUGAUGCAAGUGUAAAUAGUCUUUUUUGAGUAUGUUAUAAAUAAAAAUUGAACCCUUGUAAAUGAGUUUUGCUUCUGUUUGAAGUGUUAAUGCAUUUGAUUUUCUCUUUUUUUGUUCUGCAGCGUAACAUCACGUGGUAAUUAUGUCUGAACAUGCUGUGUUCUCUGAGAUGGUUUAAGUGAAAGUGAAAAAGUUUAAAAGCACUAACUUAGUUUGUGGGAAAUUGGUUGAGGCUGUAUGCACAGUGUUUCUUUGUCGUAACACUUCUGACAGAAUGUAAAAUUAAAAUGAUCCUUAUUUUUCUA